GGUUUCUUGGUAUCAUUCUGAUCUUACUAUAGAUAUGAUUCGUUAAAUGUUCGCAGAUUGAUUCUUCUGUUUGUUUAAAGCUGAUAAAGAUGAAUAAUGACCGAAAUUUAUUAAUCCGGCGUAUUGGUCGUAUUAAAAGAAAAUAUUCCAAUAAAUAUAAUUUCUUGAACACGAAAUACUUAUAGUAUAUGGACAAAUACCUACAUUUUAGGAAAAUUCAAAUUCUUCAAUAGUCGAUUUAUGUGAAUUAAUUCAAUCAUAGUUAAUAUGAUUAUCAUGAUAAUUUGCCAUCUUGUUUUAAAAGAAUAUGAACCAAUGAUGUCUUGAAUAUUCAACAUGAAUUUUAAGUUGUAAGCAUUUAAUAGAUUACUAUUAUGAUACCAACUAGUAUCUUUAUGAAUCUGAAAUUUGAUUGUGACAUUUAAAAACAAAAAAAAAAUAUGUUAUUUCUAUAUUUAUUUCAAGGGAAAAAUGACAAUGAAUAUUUAAAAGAUUCCGGCUUCUUUAGAGUAUUUCUUCUUAGAGGCUAACUUUUCCCAUCACUAAUAACGAACGCUCUAUGAAUAAUAACCGGAGUAAUUCUAUGAUCGACAAAGUAACAUCUGUAUGUAACAUAUUGCGUGAAAUGAAACGCACUUAUUUUUACUACUGUUACACUGAUGUUCAUAGGGAAUUGUCCAUUGUAAGGAGCAAUAUUAUUAACUAUAUCAUUCUUUCAUUAUGAAUGUAACCAAACGAGAGCAAUCUCAAUUAGAUAAUUAUACAAGCAUUUUACGAUUAUAACUGAAUCCAAUAUGUUCUUACGUACUCGACUAUUUAGAAAAAUACUCUUUAACGUAUCAAAAUCGUAAUCGGAUUGAACAAAGAAAGAGGGAAAGAUACAAUAUUGGUCUCGUUUUUGUGUAAUAUUACGACUGAAAGAUCAUUAGAAUUAACGAACGGUGAUCAAGAGAAUGUUAGUGCGGAGAGGAGUUCUCUUCUAUGUAAAUACCGCGGAUUGUAUUUAAUUCUAGGUUUCAUCUAUUUUGUGCUGAAAGUUUUUCACUUUUUGCUUCAACCGUCGAGGGGUACGAUUUAAAGAUUUCUAACAGGAGUUUGAUAAAAUUUCAAUGCCAAAGUACAUUAAACAAGAACUUAUAUGUGUGACGAUACGUCAAACUACGUAAUUAUCUCGAACGUGUAAGGUAAUGAACACACCACUUGUAAUUUUCUUCAUUGUGCAUUUCAGCUUUCUAUUAAUCAUAAUUGCCCUUUUUAAGCAUGAACAUUUUGUAGGGCAUACUAUUUGAUCGUGUGUCUUAAAUUAUUAAGGCAAUUCAGUAUUUAUAGAAAUGAACACUUAUAGUUGGACACUAUAAUCUAGGAAAGAAAUCUAUAUUUGUAUCAUUCUUGCUCUUCGAUUGUUAUUGUUUGUAAUUUUAUUUUUAUUUUGGUUAUUGAUUUUGAAAAAAAGAAACUAUUUUUUUUUAUGGUUAAAGUAACUACACUUCGUUCCUCCCAUUUAAUUUAUGUUAAUUUCAGGAUGAUUUAUUGUUUAAAAUUUUUCACUUUUUCGUUGAAAAACUUUCAUCGAAGAAAUAAAAAAUAUUUCAAACGUAUAUCUAGGUAAUUCAAGGUUGACUCAAAUGUAAUGUUUGUUUUUGAAUGUAUGUCUAAAAAAUGGUCUUAUCGCGUGCAAACACUAAUUAUAUCGUUUAAUAUGCUGUUAUUGUAUGUAAUGCAUAAUGCGCAGCAUCUUUAUGAAUAUUUAUAAAUAAAUACGUAUGUACAUACGUAUAAGAAAGAAUAAAAGAGCAUUAUAACUUUAGAACAGAAUCACCAUUACUCGUGUCACGGUUAAGUGAACAUAUGAAAGAGUAAUCAAGUUCCUUAUAAUAAUUAAUACAUCCGUAUCUCGAUUUUCACUAUACCUUUUUACAUGGUUAAAAGAAUCUACUUCCCUUAGAGUAUAUACACACAAAUUAUUCUACAUCGUACAAAAGCAGUUUUUAUUAUAUUAUUCAUAUACAUAUUCAUAUGUACAUCAUUCUUUUUUCAUUUUCUAAUCUUAUUGAAUGUACAUCGUAUAUUGAAUCUGCAAUAUGCAAAACCAUUUUUCUUCUUAGACUUUCUCUCUUUUUUUAAUAUUGGCAGAAUUUCAUUCAUACAGUUUUCUGUCGCAUAUAGAAAAAUGUGAAAUAUGCCCGUUGUGUAAAUCGAGGGCCGAAUGUAUUCACUAUUUGACAAUAUACAAUGGUUUUAAAUGCUCUUAAUUCUUAUGUCUCUUUUAUAUAUCUAACAAGAAAAGCAACCCAAUUGAUCAACUUUAAUUACAGUUCUUGUGCAGUAUUAUAGUAUGCAAGUCCCUGAUGACAUAUGUAAAGUAUUAAGUGUAAUUACUCAAUAAUUUUAAAGAAGUAAACAACCAUGGUAACAUACUUGUAAUGCAUAUUGGAAAACGAAGUUUUACAUUUAUUGUACUUAAUAUUUUACAUUUAUCAUUUGAGAUUUGUGUUUUAUCAUUCUGCAAAAGCAAAUGUAAGUAGUCAUGUAUUUUUCUAAUGGAUCUGCAUUAAAUAUUUUUCAAUAGUUUGUUUAGCACAGUGUUCUAUGGUUCAAAUAAAAAUGACAAAAUUUAUUAAUACAUUAUUAAUUUAAAAUAAUGAAUUAUAUAUACAUAUAUAUCUUACAUAAUUAAUAUGCAUACAAACUACUUUCUUCAAAAAUGUUCUAAUACUUUUUUAAAGAGAAUAGAAAGCUACAUCCAAAGAAUCAUUAAGAAAUGUAACGCAAUUGAAAGAAAUAAGCAUCAUUGUACUUUACAGCGAUAUAUAUCUGUAUACCUAAAUUCAUAGUAAUAAUCUAGGAGUUCAGAACAUUUAGAACCAUUCAAUCUUACUUUACGUACUUUAUACAUAACGUAAAAUGUUCUAAUAAUAAAGGCUGUUCUCUUUUGUGGGACAAUCUACGUGUCCAUCUCAUAGUAUAGAUCCAGGGCAGACCAAAUUUUAUUCACAUAAUACACAACAAAUAAAAGCAAUGUAUAGAGGUCUGUCAAAAAAUGUUUGUUUAUUGGAAAUUUAUUGGACACUUUGUUUUGAAGUUACUUACUCUUUAAAUAAUAUAAUUUUUUUAUUUAUUACUUAUUACAAAAAUGAAGGGAGCAAAUAAAAAAACAAUAUUAAGAAUACCAAAUGAUGCUUUAAAAUUGAUGUGAACCUUAUCAAGAAUCAUUGGCAAAAUGAAAAUUAUUGUUCAAAAUCAAUGGUAACACAAGCAUACUGUUUCAUUUAUCAAUGAAACAUUAUUUCAUUAAAAAAUUAAUUUUUAAAGAAUUAUCCCGUUACAGUAAAAAAUAUUCCAAAUUUAUUUAUCCGUAUUUUACUGACUUAUUUGAUUAUUUUCAUUAAUAAAAAUGACUUGAACGUAUAAAUAAAAAAAGUCCAUAAUUAAAAGAGUACAUCAAAUUUUCAACGCUACAGUAUUUCUUCUAAGAUUCUUGAUUUUUCGUAACUUCUUCAAAAUAAUUCAGUACUCCUUUAUUUUUAAAUUUUAAAAGUAAUCUAGUAAACCUUGAAGUACCUACGUGCAAGAGUACGUAUAACUUAUUAAAUUUUAUUCUUACUAUUAUAUGAAUUUCAGUGUAAAUAUUUUCACAUUUAAAGGCGAUAAGUAAUGAUGUCCACAAAAAAGAAAAAACAGCAAAUGUAACUGUGAAAAUAAACAACUGAAAAGAUUAAAGAUUUUAUCGCUUGAAACAUUAUACAAUAUAAAUACAAGAAAAGGGACGAAAACAUCUUUCUUUAAACUAUUAUGUUUUAAUAUGCAGUACUAUGUACAAAUAACACAUGCCAUGCGUCUUUUACUUAAACUUAAUUAUAUAGCACUAUUUAUGAUGCCCCGAAAUUAAAUUCUUAUACAUUUAUUUCCUUUGUAAAAUAUAAAUAUUCAUGUACACUAGUGUUACAUACCUCAGAAAAAAAAUUCGUGUUUUAAAUUUAAAUAAUUUAAUUCAUCUUGUAAUAUGAAGAUUUUCUUAUCUAAUAGAUUGUUAAAAUGAUUUAACAUAAAAGUAAAAUUAUACGCAAUAGUUUAAAAAAUUUGUAUUUUCUUGAAUUUAUAUAAAUUGUUUACAUAAUAAAUAAUAACAAUUCGCUCUAUAAGUUUCCCAAGAAAUAUGCUGUAUGAAUUAACAUAACUUAAAAUAAUUUAUGUUUAUAUACAUAAUAUUUGCAAAAAAGCCUUUAUACUUUGUAAUAAUCAUUGAUCUAUCAUCUAUCGUCUUCAUAAAACUUACGUAUACUUUCAGGUAAUACUUUAUAAACUUUAAAAAAGUAUUGAAACAUCCACUUUUUUUUACACUUAACGUACACUUGUUUAUCAGCUGAGUGUUACAGAAUCUGUAAUAUGUAUUCUAACAAAAUAGAAGCCCACAACUGUUAAAUCUUUUCUAAUGAAAAUAAUGUGCAAUGGCAAUCUUUUUUAAUUAGAAUGUAAUAAAUUAACAGUUGUAUUAGUGACAUUAUGUAAUAUCAAAAAUGAUAAAACAAUAUAGAUUCUAUGGAAGAAUUAAGUUUCCUUAAAAAUAUAUGCGUACAGCAUUUAUUAUAGGUACUCAUUGUGUUUGUAUUCAUCACAUAUUUGAAUACACAGUUUUUAAAAUAAUCUUUAAAUUAUAUUACAAACACAAACACAAAAUACUUGAUUUUGUUUAUGAGUAUAUCUGAAGAUAUAUAUAUUCUGUAUUGCAGUUUUAAAAUUUACAAAAACCAUGAACUGCAAAUUAUUUGUCUUAUUAUGAUAUUUUAGUAUAUAAUUGUAUAAUGUUUUGAGUAACAUGCACAGAAUGUGGAAACUUUUAAUUCAAUAGUUACUCUUUGCAACAAUUAGGAAAGCAUUCCUCCUUAAAAUCAAUGAAGAUAUAUUCAAAUUUAAAUUAAAUUGUUAAAAUAAACCUUCAAUUUCAAUGUUAACAUCCGAAAUUUUGAAUGACUAAAAAGUAUGGAAUCAUUUUCAGAAGCUGAAACGAAUAAUUUUCUUAUAUCCUACAUGAGACUUAAAUAUACUAAUUAAAUAGUGUUGUAUUAUCUCUGUAUAAACUGGAUAAUGAAAAUUUAUUGUUUUCCAAAACUAACGAAUUUCACAGUAGUCUAAAGAAUGCACUGAUAGUAAUUUUAAAAAUAAUGAAUAUAAAGCUCGAACUUAGAUGUGAAAACGCAGAUUCAUUAGAUUUUUCGUACAGUUGUUUCCUUGAUAGAAUUUAGACAUCGCUUGCUAUGUACAUGUACUUACUAUUCUCUCGUAUAUACAAGAAUAUACAAGGUGUCAUUGAACUAGCAAUUCACUUUCACAAUGAUUGAUGCUAUACGAAGAAAUAAAUCAAAAGUAGAAAAUAAUAUUUCUUUUCUAUUUGACAUUUUGUAUUUAAUACAAAUUAUUUUGGGCGUCUAUUCGCUAAAUAAUACCAGCAUAUUCAACAGUGAUCUCACAAUUUGAAAAAGUAAUUUCACGAGAUAAAAACGAAUUUGAAUCUGAACAGGAACAUCUGUUAAAACAAGACCAAGUGUAAAUACAAUAUUUCUUAAACUGUUCAAAUAUAAAAGAACACGUUAUUUUAUACUUUCGGAUUAUUUCUUCUUGCAGCUUCAGUCCGAGUUAGAUUGCACUAUUACUCGUAUGCUAUCCUAUACAGGGUGUUUAAAAAAUUUGAGAUCAAAUUUUCCUAGUACAUUGUAUAAGCAAAACCAGAGAAGAAGUGUUAUAUGAACGAAAGAUAAAAGAGUAUAUUUAAGAGAGUAGUUCUUCGUCAUCCAAAGACUUUUUAAUGCGACCUCUAACAAUUACAACAUAUGAGUUUCUUUCUUCAAAAUUACCAGCAACGUUUUCCACGCAAAUUUAUAAACGCUUAGAAUUGUUAAUUUUAAUUUACAAAGUAUGAUCAUAGUGACAAUUCUGUAUUCGUGCAGAUUGUACGAAUCGAUUUUGAUGGUUUUCCAUAUUAAAUACAAUUAAAACAGAUAGAAUAAUUCCGAAACGUAUUAUCACAUUUGCAAGACAUUCUUUUCCGCGUGUCUCUACUGGCAGAAUGCAUUGGUAAAAUUUGAUAGCCUCAAAUUCGAAAUGACCCGAACAGUUCGCACGUACUGUUGCUCUAAUAAUGUUGUGUAAUUUGUUAAGAACAACCAAGUACACUAUUUUUAACGUUGCGAAGGAGUCUGCUUCUUCCUCGUGCCGAUUUGAAUUUCAACAACUCCUUCGCGAGUCGCAUUCAUAAGAUAAUUAAAGUGGAAAAGCCUUAAACGAGUUUAGAAAGUUCAUUCUUGAUCGGCAAAGUGUAGGCAGCGUGCUACAUAUAGCAUAUCAUAAUGAAUAUAGAUCAAGAUAAGUGUACACACUCCAUAUAUAAUAGAAAUGCACGUGGCCGUUCGCACGAGAGAAACAAGUUAGACACCCCUUUGCUCGCUUUCUUCUAGGGAAUCCAUUUAAACACGAUGCUGUAUGGCUUGAUGGAGAAUUUCGAUGUUACUGUCUUAGCGAAUAACUGCCAAACUCUUCGUUACAUGGUAGAACGUAAAGAGGUUUCUUAAGAUUCUCAACGUUUCUUUGCAACUGAAUCUACCGUGAUUUAAAGAAAUGCAGCCAUGAAAGUAUCACGAAGCUUGCAGUGUGCCCAGCUCUCGUGUUUCCGUUCGGUGACGUGGGAAUGUUACGCGAUCUUAAAUGUUACUCGAAUAGUGAACUGUUUUCUUCGCUAAUCACAUGUUAUAGACGUUAAUCGUAUAUUGUUAAAAAUUGAUCCUACAUGAUACGCAAAUAGGUGGCGUCAGAUUUUAGGGGAUCGCUUUAGGGGUUGUCAAAGCGAGAAAGAAAGGCUGAACAUGCGAGGACACGUCGCGAAUCAUUCAUCUUUAACAGUAGAACUAUAUCGAGCAGCUGAAUUGAUUUUUAAGCAUUUUUUUAAUAGAAACCGUACAGGUGCAUUGAUUAAGAUGCCAGUUGAGUUAUAUUUUAAUUUGUAUAUUAAUAAAUCAACUAUUUUAAUCAUUUCUCGAAGAAGCACUCGCGUGCUUUCAAUAAUUGUGAAAGAAUAAGCGAAGAAUGGGUCAUCUUGACCCACUUGGUAGUUCUAGUGUUAAUUUCUGAAUUCGAAGAUUAAACAUUCAGAAAGGAAACGGUAUGUGAAUAUUUUUCAUUCUGACAUAUCUAAAUCUGAUAACUCUAAAUCUGAUCGAAUGAAAGGUCGGUAAUUAAACUUCACUUUCAUUCGUUGCUCGGCAAACUAUUUACAGCAAAUUUAUGUUGUGUACAUUAUAUUCGGAAAGACGUUUUCUUUGUAAUAGAAGUUGUUCCAGUGUUUUUGUGAAAAGUAUUUAUUUCAUAGUACACGAACUUUAUACGUUAUAAAAACGUUAUAAAAAGUGAAAUAAUUAAAAUUUUAAAGGGGUAUAAUUUUAUAUGUUAAUUUUGAAUACAAUACGAAUGGACGUAUAAAUAAUUAACAAUAAAAAUAAUAAUUAACACUGUACAGGUGGAUGAUUCUCGAACUCACAGGAGCAAAGUCUUUCGGUCGCUAAAAUUUGACGCGAAGUAUUUUGAACGCGCUGUAUAUGUGCAUAUUAGAAAAUUUGUACACGUGUACUAGUUCAAGCAAAGAAAGUGUUCACGAGGGAAGAGUCGGGGGCGAACAUUUUUCGUGUCUUCGGUGAUGCGUUCGAAGGGAUCGAAGAAACAGAAUGGCGUCUAGUAUAUAGAGUAUUUAGAUGAACAGUAAUGAAAUGAAUUUUGGCAUGGAAAUUUUUAUCCAUAUAUUUGGCGAUCGAUGGAAUGGUACGAAUAAAAUAUAUGGGAUCAAACAAUAUUGUUUAUAUUGGGUGGCCGAAAUUUAUCUAGUCAUUACGCUAAGAGUAAGACGAGUACACGCAUACGUAUGUAAUAUACAUACACACGUGAACGUAUAAAUACGUAUGUAUGCAGGCUAUAGAUAAACAAAAUAUAAAUAUAAAUAUAAAUAUAAAUAUAAAUAUAAAUACAAAUAUAAAUAUAAAUAUAAAUAUAAAUAUAAAUACAAAUAUAAAUAUAAAUAUAAAUAUAAAUAUAAAUAUAAAUAUAAAGAUGAACAUAAAUAUAAAUACGAAUAUAAAUUAUAAAUACGAGAUAUAAAUAUAAAUAACAAAUGAAUAAAAAUAAAGUGAAAUACUCAGCCAUCGCGAGCCACCCUGACUGAACGUGUCUAGCCACACUUUAAUAAAUAACAAUUUGCAAGUAACGUUAUUGUCGGUCUGACCUUGCGUGAUUAUUUUGAGAGGGCAUCAUCUUCAAACAGAAAAUCGGCUACGCUUCUUCUUCCGUUUACCUUUUUCUGUUCAAGGGAAGAGCUGUUCGAGUGAAACUCGCGAGAAACUGCAAAUGUAGAUCGCGAGACUGUACAGAGGUCUGUAAAUUAUUAGACUCGAAACAAUUCUGAUUCUACUCGUUUCUUUACUUAUCAAUCGAGGGAAAUCAAUUUCUUUCCAUUUUUAUUUUUCAACCCGAACACUCGGAUUCUAUCGUCGAUUCUUUGCAUUCUCCUUCGAAACGACACUUUUGUACCACGCCAUUGGAUUCUUGUUGAAUAUCCCGUAUUAUUCGAUCAUUUUCUUCCUCUAUGAAAUCGUGCUUUCCAGAAUUUGAAUUUUAGGGGAGAAUUAAGGUUUUCAUUUUGAACGUAUUCAGAUGUAUAUUUUGAAAACUUGUUAAGAAAGGUGAAAUGCGAAGUGUAAAAAGCGAAGACUUCUCGCGUGCAACGGACAAAGCAGUUUGUGCACUUGGAAGAGAGUUUCGAAACGAGUUGUUAAAAUUGAAAAUUUUGGAACAUGAUCUUGUAGAGAAGAGAAGAGAAGAAGCGAGUAACACGGUAUAAUGUUUAUUAUAAAGACAGUGGCAUUCUAAAGAAAUUUGAUCUCUAAAGGAAGGUUACGAAUUGAUGAUACCGAACAUAAAAAUUCGAAAAUUCGAACCCCGUGAAACUGCAUUCUGCGAGCAUUUGUAGACAAUUGUUAUUAAAAGAAAAAGAACAUUAGAAGGGCAUCGAUACAGACAGUGAAGCGCAUUGUAAACCAUUAACCAAAUACAAGAUCGUGUUAAAAAGAAAGGGCAUCUUGCUAGCUAUUCAAAUGUAUGUGAACAAAGUGUGAAUAAAAAUAUUAUUUUGAAAGAAGCUCUCGUCGCUUGUCCUUUUCUAGCUUAGGUCUAAUAAUUCGCAUGGCCUCUGUACCAUUACAUUUCAUUGAAAAUUACAGACGUCGAGUGCGCGCAAACGAGAUACUACAGUGGUCUUAGAGAAUAAUGUAUAUUGCGUGGUGUUAUUGACCGUGACAGCGUAUUGAAAGUUACUUCCAGAAAAAUCGUUACAAAAACGCAAAAAAAGAAUAAUACUAUUUAAAAUAUUACAAGUUAGAAACCGACGAUGUUUCUUAUGGUCGCUUGUACGAUAUAAAGACAAAUAUAUAUUAUAAAUACAUAAAGAUACAAAUAUAUAAAGCUACGUGGAAUCCCCGAAUGCGAAUUGUUACCGCAAACGCGUAUUAAAAAAGAAGAAAAAAAAAAGUAUUCGCUUCCGAAUAUUAUUGUAAGGGGCUUUGAUACAUUGAACUAUUAUAGAACCAUUCAUAUUUAAACGAGGAGGGACGAGCACACACUUUUAUUACGCUAUCCACUCUCUUCGAUUGUCCCGCGAGCGAGGGAAUCGGUACCAUUGGUCCCGUUUCCGGUCGCCGCGAGAACAAGGUGAACCCUGAGCGUUCGCGAAUGUGUUAUACAAUUGAAAUGCUCGUGUACUGGUAGCGGAUAGUACAGUUUUCGUGUGUCCAGAUAACAAAAUGUUCGUAAGUUUACGGCUCGCAAUACGAAAAAUAAAAAGGGAAAAAAAAUAUGAAGGAUGUCGCGUUGUUCGAGAUUACUUGCCGAUAGAAUGAGUAUCGGUCAGGGAAGCACGGAAAUUAACUUUACUAAGACUUCGAAUCGAGACAAUUAUGUAUAGCUUUUUAUAUGAAGUCAGACAAUGAAAUUCCACGACGUGCAGAGGUCGUAAAUAAAACGCGCAGCGAGACUUCAUUUGUGAGAGUACAUUUAAGUCGUAUUCGCUAGUAUAAGUUCGAUUAAUGUUAACAAAUGAACCUUCGAGCUCGUCAGAUUCGGAACACUUGGAAACGAGGAAGUUCGCAAUGACCUUUGUUCUCUUACCGUUUUGUUCAAGCUUUCUAUAAAAGUAGACUCGUCGGAAAUGUUCGACGCAUGUUUAUUCUUUUAUGACCCGUGUUCGUAUUAACUGGGUGAAGAUGUCUUGUCAAGUUUAACACGGAGAAGUAUUUGUCUAUGUAUUAACGCUAGAACUACCGAACGUUCAACUUCUUGCCUAUGUAUUAUUUCUCAAAUGUAAUCGAUGUAAGUACUUUGUCAUUAAUACUUUAUUGAAAAAAGAGAGAAAAACUCUAGGUAUAUUCCAUGCCCGCGUUUGUUCUAUUAUAGAAUAAUUAUAUAUUAUAUAAUAAUUGAUGACAGAAGAUUAAUAUUUCAUUUGAAUUCAAUGGAAUUUAGCGAUAUUUAUGUUUGUUAAACUCUGUUUAAAAUUUCGUCGCGAGAUAAGGGGUUGAUAUGAUUAACAUGUGAUUCUUAUAAAAAUUGUAACAAUAGAUUUCUUUUGGUUUCUUCGUGUAUUCGUUGUAGUACUCGCGUGAAGCAGUUUACGUUUACAAUCGUUUAGGACAUUUGACACUGAGUUAACCGUUUGAGCCUCGGGUCUCCUCAAAAUCCGGUUGAAAAGUGGCAAGUGGCGCGAUCGAUCCAUUUUUCUAUUUCUAAGCAGGUAAUAAAAAGAUAGAAAUAAAAAAUUAAAAGGAAAACAAAUAAAGUUAAUUCUGGCACUUUUAGUGUAACGGAGAAGCAUUAUCGUGCUGCUUGGUACAUACUCAAACGGUUAAGAUAUCAAUAAUUGCGAAAUAAGGCAACUGAGACCCGCCAUUUUGUCGGGUGCGGUAGUUCCAGUGUUAAAUAUAUAAAUGUGAACUACUGUAUCAUUUAUGGCAGUUAGAAACUAUCAUCGAUCAGAAUUUGUUUAUAUAAUCUGAUGUUUUCGUUUUAAUAACAAUGAUCAUCUUUAUUUCGAAAGAUUUCUUAGAAAUUACCAUUGUUGAAAACUGACAAAUGAGAAUUGUUACUUUGAAACAAAUGGUGACACCAUUUUUUAUGCUUUCGAAAUUCUGUUUGUGCCACAUUCUGCCUGACACGAGGGCAACAAUUUUUCUUUAUGUUACAUGCGUUUCUGUCCCGAUGGAAUAGUACUUUCUUCAAUGAUAUAAUUGAACAACCGUUUAAUUAUAGUUUCAUAAUUUCAUCUGUGUUCAUCUCUGGAUAUUAAAGAGAUCUGCGUCAAACAUUUUAGUAGACUCUAUGCGAAGUUUUAUCGAAAUCAGUCAGCACGUUACAGUUAUAAGCGAUGUUCUACGUUAGAACGACUUUAGGAUUUAUCAAAAUUGUUGUAUUAUCGAGAAAUAAUUUGUUUUUUUUCGAAUAGGGUUGGCAUUGACCAAGUAAUUUGUGAGACGACAGAAAUUGCAUUUUUACGCUGAAUGAACCGUUGAUUUGAUGUGCUGUUUAUUUAUGAGCAGUUUUAUAUAACAACCCGACGUCAUUCUAAAAGGAAGAGAACAUGAAUUUUCUAACGAUCACUGAUCGUGCAAAGUCAGUACGAACGAUAGACGCAACAUUACUUUAAGCAAAUCGUUGGUAAGAUAAUCUAAACGCAACCAUUUGUAACGUCUGUAAGUGAUAAAUUAUACCUUAUACAUAAAUAGAGCUUGCGCUGUAGCUUCAUCAGUCAUGAAACAGACUACAAGAUAUCGUGACUGUCUAUAUCAAUGUUUGUGAGUGUACUAUAAGUUAUAAAUUAUAAGUGAACUACUGAAUGUGUACAUGUUUUAAAUGUCGCAACUGCGGGAUACCUGAAAGUGGCAGCACCAAUCAGGUGUUACAGACUUGGUCUCUGGUCUAUAUUGUUAAUGCGUAGUCGUGGAUCAUAUUUUCUGAAUACGGAGUCGCGCUUGUGGUAAAAUGCAAUGUCUACCUCGCGGGAGAAAAGUCUGUUAAUUAAUAAUUUUUUGGAUUUUUUGUGUAGGACCGUUAGCUACAUAAAAGUUCCUUGCUAAGUGAGUGAUUUGCUUGUUGUUUGUCAUGUAAAAUGAGCUUUUCCGUGAAAAAAACAGGUGGUAGAAUGUGGCAUGAAGCGCGAAAACAGGAAAAGAAAAUUCGUGGGAUGCUGGUUGACUAUCGUCGCCGAGCUGAACGACGAAGAGAUUAUUAUGAGAAGAUUAAAUCAGAUCCUACGCAAUUUCUACAACUGCAUGGAAGGCCCUGUAAAAUACAUUUAGAUCCUGCGAUAGCAACGGCUGGUGAUAGUCCAGCAAAUAUGAUGCCGUGGCAAGGAAACGAGGACAAUCUUAUUGAUCGUUUUGAUGUACGUGCUCAUCUUGAUUGGAUACCAGAAGCACCAGACUCUAUUGAUGUAGAUAUUGCUCUUACUAGUGAAGAUAGACAUAUCAAUUAUGAACGCUAUCGUAUAAUCGUGCAAAAUGAAUUUUUAGGAGUAACGGAAGAAAAGUUUCUACACCAAAUACAUCUAGAAGAACAAUUUGGUUCAUCAACCAAAUUAGAUGCUACAAGAGAUAAGAAAAAAUCAAGUAAUAAUGUAGCCAUCGGAUACAAUUAUGAAACAGAGGAACCCAUACCUGAAACGAUAAAAUCGUUAGACGCUGUUGUAUCUGAUGAGAAAGGAGAUGACGAAGAUAGCGAUAUCGAUCUAGAUAUUUGCGUGGAUGUAUCCCAAAUUGAGCCAUCACAAGCGCAUGAAAUGAACUUAGUGGCUCAAAAAUAUGGACUUUUAGGGGCUGAUUAUUUCAGUUUUUUAACUCAAGAUUUUGAAGAAGCUGAAACUUUGAGACAAGCACGUAAACAGGAAGAAGAAAAGGCUAUGUAUUCGGGGAGAAGAUCACGGAGAGAAAGACGCGCAUUUAGGGAGAAAAAGAUGAUUGGUCGAGUUAUGAGUCCACCGAGCUAUGCUGCUAGGGAAAGUCCUGAAUAUAACCCCUACAGAAAAUCUUCGUCUAAAUCUCGUUCGAGAUCUACAUCACCUGUAAAUACUGGACAAAUAACUUACAUUACAAGUUUUGGUGGCGAAGAAGAGACUCAUGGAAGUUCGUCUCAUGUUACUUCUUCCAAUUCAAGAAAAGUCAAUUAUUCCCAUCUCAGACGAAGAAGAUCAGAUAGUCCGAUGCUUAAUGAAAGAACAAUAAAUAGAAAGUUUUCAAAAUCAAGAUCAAGAAGUUGUUCCCGAUCUGUUAAUAAACCUAAAACAUAUAGGAACCGUGACAGAAAACGAAGCACAUCAAGAAUGAGAUCCAGGAGGACACGUUCACGACAUAGAAAAAUUACAAGAUCUAGAACGAGGAGUCGCUCUAGACGACCACGAAGUCGAAGUAAAUCUAAGUCUCGUUGCAGGAGUUUUAGUAGAUCUCAUUCUCGUACUGUUUCAAGAUCGAAAACAAGGUCUAGAUCUCGUUCACGCGCAAAAAGAUCUAGAAGUUUGUCGUCGAGAAGUUCAUCUAGAUCAAAGUCAAAGUCAAGAUCAAGAUCGAGACUACGAUCAAAAUCAAGAUCCAAAUCUCACAAUCGAAGCCAUUCGAGAGAUAGUUAUCGCAGAAGACAUUAUUCUCCAUCAAAAUCAGCAUCAAAAUCUCGAUCCAGAACUAAAUCUCAAUCUAGGUCUAGGUCAAGAUCAAGAUCAAGAAGUCAGACGAGAUGCAAGCGAUCCCGAAGUAUUGAAAACAAAAUGCAAACACUGCCAAGAUACUAUGGUCGUCGUGGAAAAUCGUCAAGCUUAGAAUUAGAAUUAUCAGACAACGAAGAUAAAGUUCCUACGGCAGCCCCAAAACCCACGGUUAAUAACACCUCGAACAUGAACAAGCCAAAAGCAGGGUUAAGUACAAAUUCUGGUGGCGGACACAAAUCACUGAAAAUUACACCUCAGGAGCGGCUUAAGAAAAAGAUGCAAGCUUUACUGAAUAAGCAAUAUAAAGCUGACAAGAAGGCUGAACAACUUAGGAUCGAAAAAAUGGAGCAACAACGGCAAGAUCGAGAAGAUGAAAUUCGAGAAAUGUCUUUGAAACUGCGUAGAAAGCAAAGAGAACGAAGACAUCGUUACGAAGGUCACAGUUCUGAUUCACAUUCCUCCGUGUCACGUACACCGAGUCCUGGACGUAGUCCACGAAAUGUCCGCCGUGAUCGAAAGGAGAGGGACAUAAGGGAUUUCGAAAGCGAUCGUGACCGAGAAAGAGAGAGAGAGAAGGAUAGACGAGACGACAGAGAAAAGUUUAGAAGUGAAUCUCGUAGAAGAUACAGAGAUUCUCCGAUUCGAUCUUUAAGUCCGAGGAGUAGCCGCGGCCUAGUCGAUUAUUGACAGCAAACGUGUGUAUGGUUAAUCUUCCAUUUAAUGGACUUAAAACUUUAUUAGACACUUCCUCAUCGCAUUCCUUCCGUAAUGCUACGAAUGUUCCACAAAAAUGCGACAAAAAAGAUAUAAAAUCUAUGGCAUACUUUACAAUUGUCCUUUAUUAUUAAUUAAUAUUGUUUACUAUUACAUUGCAAAUUAAUAAAUACAGUUGUUUCUUUACGCGCAUCAUUAUUAUCACACGCAAACUUUAUACUUCAUCAUUCUAUAAUUCUAAAAUUUAGUCAAUACGUAGUUUUAAGUAAAAUAGAAAGCAAAAUGUGAAAUCGCGAAAGGUCUAAUAAUGGUAUGGAUACUAUAACUUUUGAUUGUUCAAAUUUGUUUUCUUUAAUGUGCGCAAUAAGUUAAGUAGAAAUCUGUUUCAUCAAAUAUGCUGAUAUAAAGGGAAACUGAAUUUAUCUAAACAUAAACGAUAAUAGUUGUUGCAAUUUAUAAUAAAAUAUAAAAAAUUACCAAUUUCAUGCAUUUCAUAUUUAUUACAUUUUACAAAUAUUAUCCAUUACCCACAUACUGUUCUUACCAUGUACUGUAGAUACAUAACAUUUUGGAUCGUAAUGACUUCACGUUACAGAAAAUAUAAACAUAACUGUUUAUCAGUCUAAUAUUAUAGCAACCUCUUGAGAUACAAUAAAUAUAUUUAUUAUUAUAUAAUAGUUAUUUCGAUAUUAUACAUUACUUUGAAUACUAACAUGAUAAAAACG